ACGGGGCUCGGGUCAGCAGUGGCGGGCAUUUGCUCUUCUCUCAGUGUCUGUUAUAACUAAGUCAGGAUCUGGGAUCUCAGAAUCGAAUGGAGAAGGUGGGAAAGUAGUGGUCACCGCAGCAUGUGUGAGGCCAGGUGAUGCUGCUCGGGAGCGAGGCGCCAGGGCGGAGACAGGAGCUCGCUGUACCAGGGACACUCGCCUGGCGCGCUGCUGGCGCCCCUCCCGGCCCACAGAGUCGGAUGGCGGAGGCUGGGUGGAGGCACCUGGCUGAGGUUAGGGUGACCUUUGAGGAUGUGGCCGUGUAUUUCUCCAGGACAGAGUGGAGCCUCCUUAAUGCGGCUGAGAGACGCCUGUACCUCCAUGUGAUGCUGGAGAAUUUUGGUCUUGUAUCCUCACUGGGUUGCUGCUGUGGGGCAGUGGAUAUGGAAGCUCCCAAUGAACAGAACCAUUCUGUAAGAGUAUUGCAAGCAAAGGAUCCCAAGGCAGCGUUGUCUUCCAAAAAGAGCCACCCCUGUGACAGUUGUGGGUGUGUCUUGAGGGAAAUUUUUCUCUUGGUUGACCAGCAGGGAACUCAACAGAGACAGAAACUGCUGAGGUGUGGAGCAUGUGGAAAACAAUUUUGUUUCAUUGCAAAGCAUCACCAGCUCCAGGAGCAGCACUUGAGACAGAAGUCUUUUGUACAAGGUGUGGACAAGGCCUCACUUGUGAAGGGCUGCAAUUUCAAUGUGUCUGAAAAGACUUUUACCUUCCAGGAGCUUGAGCAGAACGUUUUUAUGAACUCAGGAAAUAUCCAACAACAAGCUACUAACACCAGGGAAAGUGCAAAUGAAAUGUCAGCAUCUGGGGAGGAUUUUCAAAGGAGAAAAAUUUAUCACACUAGAAACGAAUGUAAGAAAGCCAUUGGCUGCAAACACUCACCACUUCCAGACCAAGCUGUCCAAACUAGAAGACGAUGUUAUCCAUGCCAUGAAUGUGAAAAAUGUUUUCUAGGAAUCUCUGGUCUUCGUUAUCAUCAGAAAGUUCACACUGGGGAAAAGCCAUAUGAGUGCAGUGAAUGUAGGAAAUCUUUUACUAGUGGCUCUGCCCUUCGGAAACAUCACAGAGUUCACACUGGAGAAAGGCCUUAUGAGUGCAGUGAAUGUGGAAAAUCUUUUACUAGUAGCUCUGCACUCCAUAAACACCAGAGAGUUCACACUGGAGAAAGGCCAUAUGAAUGUGGUGCAUGUGGGAAAUGUUUUACCAGUAGCUCUGAUCUCCUUUAUCAUCAGAGAGUUCACACUGGAGAAAGGCCUUAUGAGUGCCGUGUAUGUGGGAAAUCUUUUACCUGGAGCUCUGACCUCCGAAAACAUCACAGAGUUCAUACUGGAGAAAGACCUUAUGAGUGUUGUGAAUGUGGGAAAUCUUUUACCAGUAGUUCUGCUCUCUGUUAUCAUCAGCGAGUUCACAAAGGGGAAAGGCCUUAUGAGUGCAGUGAAUGUGGGAAAUCUUUCACCAAUAGUUCUGCCCUCCGUAAACAUCACAGAGUUCACACUGGAGAAAGGCCUUAUGAAUGUGGGGAAUGUGGUAAAUCAUAUAUCAGUAGCUCUGCCCUGUAUAAUCAUCGGAAAGUUCAUACUGGAGAAAGGCCUUAUGAGUGUGGUGUAUGUGGCAAAUCUUUUACUAGUAAUUCUGCCCUCCGUAAACAUCACAGAGUUCACACUGGUGAAAGGCCUUUUCAGUGUGGUGAUUGUGGGAAAUCUUUUACCAGUAGCUCUGAUCUCAGAAAACAUUACAGAGUUCACACUGGAGAAAGACCUUAUGAGUGCAGUGAAUGUGGGAAAUCUUAUUUCAGUAGCUCUGCCCUCUAUUAUCAUCAGAGAAUUCAUACUGGAGAAAGGCCUUAUGAGUGCAGUGAAUGUGGAAAAUCUUUCACCAGUAGUUCUGCCCUCCGUUAUCAUCACAGAGUUCACACUGGAGAAAAACCUUAUGAGUGUGGUGAAUGUGGCAAAUCUUUUACCUGUAGCUGUCACCUCUGUUAGCAUCACAGAGUUCACACAAAAGAAAAGCCUUAUGAAUGCAGUGAAUAUUAGAAAACAUCUGUAACAUUUCGUUGUCAUCAGAGAGUUCACUUCGUUGAUUGGUCAAUGGCUGCAAGGAAUAUGAGAUUUCUUUUUAUCAGUACCUUUUUUAUCAUCAAAAGUUUCAUCCAGGAGAAUGGCCUUAUGCCUGCAGUAAAUGUGAAAAAUCCUUUACCAGGAGCCAUGGCUGUCAUUGUCCUCAGAGAAUUCACAAUGGGUAAGGUCUUAUAAGUUAAGGAAAUUCAAGAAAUCUCUUAUUUUCUAGUAUUUCUUUUGUUAUAUCUGAGAGCUGACAUAGGAAAAAGGAUUUAUGUAUGCAGGCAAUGUGAGGAAUUUUCUUCUUGUAGUACUAAGCUCCAUUAUAUUCAGAGAUUCACUCUGAUAAAAGGCCUUAUGAGUACAGUGGAUGUGGGAAAUGCUUCUUCUAUCCAUUCUCCUGUUAUCAGGGCAUUCACACUGGAGAUAGGCCUUAUGUGGACAUAAAAUAUGGGAAAUCUCCUACCUCAUAGUCCUCACCACCUUAAACACACUUGACACUGGUUAACGGCUUUCAGUGUGAAGUGAAUAUAGGAAACCUUUACCGAUAAAUCUAUACCUUUUGACAUUGGGGAUUUCUCACUGUAAAUGGAUAGAUUUUAAGAAAUUUUUUAUUUUUUAUUUUUCAGUAUAAUGGUAUUGAAGGAACCUUGCUGAGGAAAAGGUGACUUUAUUUUUUUACCAAUAUUCUCAAUGCAGAGCUAUUCAUAAGUUUAAUGUUUAUGUUAUGUAGAGUGUGACAAAGUAUUAUUAAACUAAUUGUGUCUUUAUGCACACUUUGGACGUUUGUUUAUUUUUUUUGUCCUCAUCCUAGGAUAUCUGAUUCACUGCUUUUACAGACAGGAAGGGAG